CUAGCUAACAGCUUGCUAACGAGGUGCUAACCCAGGCUAGCGUCGCGGCUAGCUGUUAGCAUAGCAGUUAAAUGUGCUUGUGCUUGACCGUGGCCUAUGCAAAUGAUAAUUUAAGUGUGUUUGAAAUUUGUACAAUUAACGGUAGUGGCAUGAACCGUUACAGUGCUAAAGACGGCGUUUAUUGAGCUCAGCUGUUAAAGUUUACAUUAGCUAGCUGGUGUAUGUUAGCAUUAGGUAAUAUUGGUGAUGCUAGCCAGUAACGGUGCAGCUUGCUAGCUGGUUAUGCGGACUAUAAAUUUCGUUUAUGUCUCAGUAAUGUUUCACGUCAGCAUUUAACGUAACGUAAGAUGAUUGUGAAGUUGAACACUCAGUGGCCUGUGUAUUGAAAUUUUAAAUUAGAGACCCGAGCUCUUGCUUGUAUUAGCUUAACAUUGAUGUUUACGACGCUUUGCUAAAGCGCUAUGUGCAUGCAUUAGGCUAUGUCAACUAUCAGGGAACGCAAUAUGCUAACACAACAAGCCGUUGUAGCAUUUAAUGCCAUUUCUCUAGUUUGUUAAUUGUAGGAAUAACCACAUUUUAAGUUUGUGAUGGCACUAGGUACCUUGUAGCGAGGUUAGCCUAUUUGGGGAUUUAUGGCUUGGAAUAAUGUGAUUUAAAUCAAAGAGUGUCUUGUAGCAUGUGAGUAGUCAUGGAAGAGCAGACAGGUUCUCCUGGAAACAAUGCCGACAACAAUAGCCAGAGAAAUGGAGAUGAGAAACCCCGACGUGGCAGCUGGACCAAGGGGAGGAAGAGGAAGAAGCCAAUGAAGGACAGCAAUGCACCCAAGGCCCCCCUCACAGGCUACGUUCGCUUCAUGAACGACAGACGGGAGCAGCUACGUGCAGAGCGUCCAGACGUGCCCUUUCCAGAGAUUACAAGGAUGCUGGGCAACGAGUGGAGCAAGCUCCCCCCCGAGGAGAAGCAGCGAUACUUGGAUGAGGCAGAGCGAGAUAAGGAGCGCUACAUGAGGGAGCUGGAGAAGUACCAGAAGACAGAAGCCUACAAACAUUUCACCAGGAAGGUCCAGGAGAAGCAGAAGGGCAAGAGGCACAGGGGAGAUGUUGGACACCAGGUAGCCAACGAGGCUCUGCACGAGAAGGAUGCAGAGGGAAAGGACAGAACUGUGUUUGACAUACCAAUCUUCACAGAGGAGUUUCUCAACCACAGCAAAGCGCGUGAGGCUGAGAUGCGGCAGCUGCGUAAGACCAACAUGGAGUAUGAGGAGCGUAACGCGGCCCUGCAGAAGCAUGUGGAGAGCAUGCGCGGAGCUGUCGAACGGCUGGAAGGCGAUGUUAUGCAAGAGAGGGGACGCAACGGGCUCCUCCACCAGCACCUGGAGACCCUCCGCCAGGCCCUCACCUCCAGUUUCUCUGCUGUACCUCUGCCAGGCAGUGGAGAGACACCCACUCUUGAAACGAUUGACUCCUACAUGAAGAGGCUUCACAGCAUCAUCGUCAGUAACCCCCAAGAACAUGAGAAUCUCAUCAACACUGUGAGAGAUGUGGUGAACCGUCUGGACAGAUAAUUGGACCAAGUUCAACUGACAUGAUGGAUUGUGAUUCACAGCGACGUUAAGUAGAUGCUCAUUCCAGUUGGAUGCCUUGCUCCUUGACGUUGAAUCCUCUUGUCAAUCUGUCAUCCCAGUUGAGUUUGAAACAUCUUUUAUUACUCUGCUAAGGUGAUAUAGGUGAAGGUGAUGUAGCGCCUCAUGUUUAUUUAUUAUUUUUUACAUUUUUUUUUUAAACUCUUGUCAUGCUUUAUUAAUAUAGCCGUAGUUUGUUUUAUAAUGUAAUCAGACGACAGGACACAAAACAGUUUUCUGUUAUUAUCAGUCCUGUUCCAUCCAAUUUAUAGCAAAUGCACAACAAUAUCUAAACCAUUAUCCAAAAAUGUUGUCAGUGACUUUGUACUCAUCAUAUCCAAGAAAAAUUGUUGAGCAGACUGCCUUUUUUCAUGCUCUGUUGGAGAAAAACGUGCCAUUAAUUUUUUUUUUUCUGUGUGAUAAAGUGUUUGUGUUUUCAAUAAAUGUAUUUACAUCAA